AUGGCAGCACUACCGAAGAAUAUGGAACAUGUAGACCGAAGAGAACUCUUCACCUCACUCCCUGCCAGGGUCUAUUACCUACAGCAAUUCCUUGAGUUUGGCCCUGACGAUGUGGUUGCACUGAGUGAAGGACAGAAGUAUAUCAAAGCCAUAAUCCCGGCCAUUGUCAACAUGGUAUACAAGAAGCUCUUGCAGCACGACAUAACAGCCCGAGUGUUCAGCACGCGUGACAGUCGUAAUGAAGAAGAUCCAGAUCGGUGGAUCAAGGAGGAAGACGCUCAGAUCAGACACCGGAAGAUGUUCCUCAGAUGGUAUCUCACCAAACUCAAUUCAGAUCCGAGCAAAAUGGAAUACUGGCAGUACUUGGACAAAGUGGGCUUGAUGCAUGUUGGCAAAGGGAGGAAGAACCCCUUGCACGUCGACUACAUCUUUCUCGGGGCUUGUCUUGGCUAUAUCCAGGAUGCAAUGGUCGAGGCCAUUCUCUCGCAUCCUCGACUGGAGCUGACGCAAAAAAUUGGGAUCGUCAAGGCGAUCGGUAAAGUCAUUUGGAUUCAGAACGAUCUCAUGGCCAAAUGGCAUGUUGAGGACGGUAAAGAGUUUCUCGAUGCCGAGGGGGACGAAGAGACUCGAGCCGAGGCACGUGAACCAGAAGGAUACGUGAACGGUAAGAGAAUGUUGGGGAAGGUGGACGAGGAUGAUAGCUCGAUUGAUGGCACGUCCAUCUCCUCAGAAAAGAGUACGACCAGUUUGGGCCGCACAAUGGAACAGGUCCAGCUGAGUAAUGAGCAAAGCAGAUGUCCUUUCAGUGGGAUGGUCAAUGGCAGCCAGGACCUGGACCAGCAGAGAGCGACAAAGCCCCCAAGAGACAGUAUUUUCGGGCUGCCUUCUUCGCCAACAGGUAUUCCGCGUCUCCGCGUGAUGGAUGGGAAGACAAUUGGCAAGGAACGACUUGGGCCAAGUCCCUUUCCUUAG